AUGCCUUGGUUGAUUACAUCCUUAGUGAAAGUAACAUGCCCACCCAUGCUUGAUGAUCACACCCUUAGUGAAAGUAAUGUGCCCACCCAUGCAUUGGUUGACUGCAUCCUUAGUGAAAGUAAAGUGCUCACCCAUGCAUUGGUUGAUUACACCCUUAGUGAAAGUAACAUGUCCACCCAUGUCUUGGGUGAUUACACCCUUAGUGAAAGUAACAUGCUCACCCAUGCCUUGGUUGAUUACACCCUUAGUGGAAGUAACAUGCCCAUCCAUGCCUUGGUUGAUCACACCCUUAGUGAAAGUAAAGUGCUCACCCAUGCCUUGGUUGAUUACAUUCGUAGUGAAAGUAACAUGCCCACCCAUGCCUUGGUUGAUUACACCCUUAGUGAAAGUAAUGUGCACACUAAUGCAUUGGUUGAUUACAUCCUUAGUGAAAGUAACAUGCCCACCCAUGCCUUGGUUGAUUACACCCUUAGUGAAAGUAACAUGCUCACCCAUACCUUGGUUGAUUACACCCUUAGUGAAAGUAACAUGCUCACCCAUGCCUUGGUUGAUCACAUCCUUAGUGAAAGUAAAGUGCUCACCCAUGCCUUGGUUGAUUACACCCUUAGUGAAUGUAACAUACCCACCCAUGCCUUGGUUGAUUACACCCUUAGUGAAAGUAACAUGCCCAUCCAUGCCUUGGUUGAUCACACCCUUAGUGAAAGUAAUGUGCCCACACAUGCAUUGGUUGACUACAUCCUUAGUGAAAGUAAAGUGCUCACCCAUGCCUUGGUUGAUUACAUCCUUAGUGAAAGUAACAUGCCCACCCAUGCCUUGGUUGAUUACACCCUUAGUGAAAGUAAUGUGCCCACCCAUGCAUUGGUUGAUUACAACCUUAGUGAAAGUAAACUGCUCACCCACGCCUUGGUUGAUUACACCCUUAGUGAAAGUAAUGUGCCCACCCAUGCAUUGGUUGACUACAUCCUUAGUGAAAGUACAUGCCCACCCAUGCCUUGGUUGAUUACACCCUUAGUGAAAGUAACGUGCCCACCCAUGCCUUGUUGA